UCCAUGGAGUUCGUUCACCCACCCACCAAUUUCGAAAUCGGUAAAACUACUCAUAACGCGACGGCGAUCAUGAGCACUGUGGUUGCAGGUCACCCAAAUUCAGAUUCCACCUCUACAACGGUUAUGGAGACGGUGAACGGUUCGCACCAGUUCACGAUCAAGGGCUACUCUCUAGCCAAAGGCAUGGGCCCAGGGAGAUACAUACAGAGCGACGUCUUCUCAAUCGCCGGAUACGAUUGGGCGAUCUACUUCUACCCGGACGGGAAGAACCCUGAGGACAACUCGGCGUACGUCUCUCUCUUCAUCGCUUUAGCGAGUGAUUCUAGCGACAUUAGGGCUUUGUUCGAGCUCACGUUGGUGGAUCAGAGUGGUAAAGGGAGGCACAAGGUGCAUAGUCACUUUGAUCGGACGCUUGAAGGUGGUCCUUAUACGCUUAAGUGUAAAGGAAGCAUGUGGGGUUACAAACGCUUUUUAAGAAGAACAGCUUUAGAAGCCUCUGACUACUUAAAGGAUGAUUCUCUCGUCAUCAAUUGUACCGUUGGUGUUGUCAGAGCCAGGCUCGAGGGUCCGAAACAGUUUGGCAUUGUGCUGCCCUCGUCUGAUAUGGGUCAGGGAUUGAAAGACUUGCUAGAUUCUGAAGUUGGCUGCGACAUAGCUUUCCAAGUCGGAGAUGAGACUUACAAAGCUCACAAACUCAUCCUCGCAGCACGCUCGCCGGUUUUUAGAGCUCAGUUCUAUGGACCAAUUGGGAAUAACAACGUGGAGAGGAUAGUGAUAGAGGACAUCGAGCCAUCUAUCUUUAAGGCUAUGCUUAGCUUCAUCUACACCGAUGUACUCCCUGAUGUGCACGAGAUUACGGGGUCAGCUUCUGCGAGUUUAAUCACGAACAUGAUACAGCAUCUCUUGGCGGCUGCUGACCUCUAUGACCUUGGAAGGUUAAAGGUGUUAUGUGAAGUUUUUCUGUGUGAGAAACUAAAUGUUGAUAAUGUGGCAACAACACUUGCACUGGCUGAACAGCACCAACUGUCAGAGCUCAAAGCCUUCUGCUUAAAAUUUGUUACAUCUCCAGGAAACUUGCGAGGAGACUCGAUGUUUGAUUAGACGGCCUGAAGUUUAUCGUCCUCAAUUAGCUGUAAUGAAGUCUGAAGGGUUCAAGCACUUGAGCCAGAGCUGUCCCUCUAUGUUGUCUGAGCUGCUGAGCACGGUUGCAGCAGGGGAUAAGAUCUUGACGAGUGAACAAGCUAGCAAGAAAAGAAGUCUGUGUAGUAGUGUGUUAGCCUAUGAUACAAAUGCUGCGAGGCAACUGAGGAGGAGGACAUAGGGGUCCGAUCCAAAUGCAAUGGAACUUUUCGCAGGUCAGCUUACUUUUACUGAUCUGGAAGCAAAGCAGACACCGAAUCUGGUUUUGCUAGAGUUUUAUUGCAAUGGAAUAAUUUGUUCCUAGUAUGUCAACUGUAGUAUAAAGUGUUUAGGCAAAAGACCUCUCUUUUUCUUUGUCCUUCUUUAAGUUCUCUUCAGUUUUUGAACUUGGCUUUGUGUGAUUAUUAGAAGCAUAUGCUAUGCACUCUUAAUUAACAGUCUUAUGAAAGGGAGAAAUGUUUAACUGUUA